AUGAUGCUACCGUCGCCGGCCGUUGGCCUGCCCAAAAAUAGAGCAACCAAACCAAGUUUUGCCCUGAUCGGCUCUCUCGAUUUCCAACGCAGGUUGGGGUGUUGCGCGCCCGGUACUGGGACCUGGGUCUUUGACACCCCGGAGUAUAAGUCAUGGCAUGAUGGAGACUUGCAAACCCUACUCACUAUCCGUGGCCCAUUGGGCUCAGGCAAAUCCGUUCUCGCUGCUUCUAUUGUGAAUAAGCUUCAGCAGACUGAGAGUGAUGUUCCAUGUCUGUUCUACUUCUGCCCCAAGAGGCCCCAUACACCUCUACUGAAGAGUCCCUGGCGAAAGAGCCUGUCUUUUGGCCUUGUUCUGGACUGGCUUGUCCAGGCGGUUGAAUUUGUGCCGGGUUUACAAGACACGCUCGAGCAUCUGUCUCAAGGCUUGCGGGGGUCAUCCCGGCAUAGGGAAUGGAAGUGGAGCGAUUUCGACUGUGUGGACGUGAUGCAGCUAUGGAAGCUGCUGGUCGAGGCCGUCGAGGAUUUCCCCAAGGUAUACUGUGUUAUUGAUCAUGUCGAUGCGUUUCAAGACCCGGAAAAUGUGGAGUUCUUGAAGGAACUGCUGCGCUGGAAAGAUCUGCAUCCUGGUAAUGUCAAGAUAUUGUUCACCAGCAACUCUGUUACGCCUAUCGACAAUGAGAUCAGCCUGGGUAUGGACAACGAGAACUUGCGCCAAGAUGUGUGCACGUUCUUGGAUGCCCAGCUCAAGACUUUCGGUGUGCCUGAAGACACAAAAUCCAAGAUUGGAGAUGCACUAGUUUCAAAGUCGUUUCUCUAUGUCCGUCUCUGGCUGUUCUUAACGCAAGACAGCGACAUCAUGAGCAUCUCUCAACUUCUGAACGAGCGGAACCCAACCCUGUACGCUCUAUACGAUCGCAUUUUGGAGAAAUGCAGGGUUGGGCCACUUGUGGCCGCGGAGUACCGGCGAACGGUUCUGUCUCUGAUUCUCUAUGCUGCCCGUCGUCUUCGCCGUCUGGAAAUUCUUGCCGCCCUCGAAGUGCAAUAUGGAUCUCAAGUGAAUCACCAGCAUUUGAUUCAAUCAGCCUUCGGACCGCUGCUAGAGUUCGUUGGUGAUGAAACACCACCAUCAAUUCAUGAGUCCUUUAUCGCUUUUGUUCAUGAUAAGAAUCGAAGCCCGGAAAGCCAGGGAUUAGUCCCUGUCGUUUCACCAGCGGACGUACACCAGCAUCUCGGAAGCAUCUCCAUAAAAUGUCUGAUGGGCAGCCUCCAGAAACCAGAGGAGUUGGCCGACGGGAAUUGGGGUUCUACCAAGGCAUGGGACGAUGCAAAGAAAUCCCACCCUUUGCUUGACUAUGCAGCAUCCAACUGGUUCCUCCAUGCACGGGAACUUCCAAACAUUACAGGAGAGUUCCGAGAACUUCUGCUCCAAUGGUGGGGAGAAGGCAAAGAAUGUGCAGCUCGUUGGAUUGAGGAAAUAUGCAAGCCAGACAAAAAGGCAAUUUCCUCUAUCGCACCUAUCCAUGUCGCCGCUUGGACAGGAGCUCCAGCAAUGAUACCCCUUGCCUUGGAGUUGGGCUGUUCGUAUAACCAGAGGAUGAGCGAUGGAACUUCCCCACUGGCUGUUGCUUCAAUGUAUGGACACGAGGAGCAUGGUGACAACGCAAUUGACCUCGCUGCACGUCAAGCUCAUCUCAAUAUCGUGCGGAUACUAGCCGAGGCUAAUGCGAAUGUCAAUAUCACCGAGGAGGAGAAGGAAAGAUCAAACCGCUCAAAGAGAGACUCCCGUCGAGGAACAUGCGAUCAAGCUUAUCCCCGAUCAGCAUCUGCUUUCUCAAAGGCUCUCACGGCCCGUAACAUGGAGGUAGCCCGGUAUCUUAUUUCCUUUGCCAAUGAUCCGCAUGACUUUGCUAAGGGACUGGACGACGCUGCAACUGAAGGAAAUAUUCCUAAAAUUGAACUUCUCCUCAGCUCGCCCUUGGCAAAUGUGAACGGGAAAUGGUCCAGAGACACACCACUUUUCCGCGCCGGGCUAUCUCAUCAUUAUGACACCAUGAAGUUUCUUCUUGAGCGGGGCGCGGAUCCCAAUAUAGCCUCCAGGGGGCUGCGCUCACACGGUUGUAUCGUGGUUGGCUGGAAACUCGGUGAUCCGGACUCUAUUCCCCUCCACGCCGUUGCCGGAUUCGGCGUUGGCGGAAUGCGCUACUGGAGGAGUGUGGACGAGGCACGUCUUGAGAAGGCUCAAAAAUGCUCAUGGGGCAGACUAUAUCUGACGGACGAGGACGGCAAAUCUCCAUUAGAUAAGAUUGGCAGUGACAAGAAAUCCCUUGCCACAAUUGAGAUUUUGACCAAGCAUGGACUGAAGCUGGAUGAGGCUCGUGGUCCUGAGGGAAAGAUUCCACUUCAUUCAAUGGUCCAGGGGUUGAGAGCCAUGGAUGUGUUUGAUCCAACCAGCCUCGAUCCGUAUGUAACUGAUUGGAAUAUUGCAGACAAAGAUGGGAACGCCAUUUUGAAUCUCCUAAUCGGCUCUUAUGCGUCGAACCCUGAGUCCAUCUCGAAGCUUGUGCAGAUCGGAUGUGAUGUUCAGAAGAAGAACAAAGAUGGCCUAACGCCACUGCAUACGCUAUGUCAGCAUUGCAUUAGCUUCAACGUGGAGGAACGCGAUGCGGUGGUUAAACUACUCGUGAAAGCUGGGGCAGACAUUGAAGCCAAAGACGCCAAAGGUUGUACGCCGCUGCAUCAUUUGGUACAGGCAUCGACAAACCGCCCCUCUGAGACGCAGCAGCUCAUCCCUAGGUUUGUCCAUACGUCUGGGUCUAACAUCAAUGCGAUUGAUGAAGAUGGCAAUGGUAUAUUGCACAUGCUUUUCCAGGGAGAGCCUUCCAGUAUUUUCACCGAACUGGUGGAUCUAGGUGCCGAUCCUCGGUUGACGAACUUCAAAGAGGAGACUAUAGUGCAUCAUUUGAUGAAAAGUCGUCUUGCAGAGAAGGCUGCCAUUCCGGUGGACUUCGUCCAACGGCUCUUGGAGUAUGGGCUCUCCAGCACUGCCCGGGAUCGAGAUGGGAAUACUCCACUCCAUAUUCUCUGCCGAACACGACUGAGUCCCAAAUCCGAUACAUGGCCAUCUGACCAGGUGGUCGACGUCUUGCUUUCCGCUGAUGGCGGCAAAAAGCUUUAG